AUGGCAGGUCCCUUUGCUAAAAAGGCGUCCACGCCGUCCAAGGGCUCCGCAUCAGCAACAAAGUCAUCUUCGGCGAAGGGAAACAGAAGCAUUUUGAAUUUCUUCCAGAAGACGGACGCACCAGCUGGGGCUACCUCCCGCCAGCCACGCAUUACACAGUUCGUUGGAUCAGCGGGAUCCCCGAGCAAUGGACGUGGCACGCCGAAAUUGCAGCAUGGAAAUAGCUCGAAGAGUGAUACAUCCGAGGCCCUGUUUUUGGAGGACAAGAAGGGAUUGGCCAAAGUCCAACGGACGAGUGUGACGAUUGACUUGACUGAGAGGGCCCGAUCAAAGACACCGGAGGAUAUCUGGGGCGAGGGCGACGAUUUUAUGGAACCAGAGGGUUCUCGGUACAAUGAAAAUGGGCAGUCUGUCAAACGUCGCAAGGUGGAUUCGCCGAAUGCUUCAACUGAGAGUGGAGAGGCAAACGACACGCCCAAGCCAGUCAAACCCGCCCCGGCUAAAACGUCGAACAAUGGACCGUUUAUCGACGAAUCAGACAGCGAAGAUGACAUGGAUGCAUAUCGGGAACUGAAGGAGACGACCCCUACGAUACCCGACACGAAUGAUAACGAUCAACCCCCUCACUUGACGACGAACCGACGCCCGCUGGCACCACUGGUAAGAGACGCAACGAAUGAUACCAACGAUGAUGAACUCGCGAAUUUUGACGAUAUUGAAGACGGCGAUGAGCUUGUAGGGGAGGAGUUUCGAGAUAGACCAUGGGACGACCUUGAAGAUGAAGACGGACGAACAAUCGAUUUUACGCACGACUUUAAUGAUUCAACUGAUUUCGAUCCCGAGCCCGACUCCGAGGGAGUAAGCACCUGUCCGAUAUGUCAGGGAGAGCUAGCAGGAUUCAGCGAGACGGAACUGUCGGUACACGUGAACGACUGUUUGGACGGCAAGACCUCGACUCUACCUGCAACGAGCACGACUGAGCCGGCACCGAAGAUCCCAGCAUCAGAUGUGAAGAAAGAGCAGACAUCCGGUAGAGGGCUGACACGAUUUGAACGGGCUGCUAUUGCUCGGCCUCCGCAGCGCGACCCAUACUCUAAGAAUGCCCCCGGUGCACGAUCCGCAUUUUCCAAGAUGAUGGCAGGAAAUGCCGAAGAUACGGCCUGGGCAGCUGCCGCUGCGAACGAGGUCUCAUCUCGUGGGAAACAGGCCUACCAACGAACCUGUCCAUUCUACAAGAUUAUGCCAGGCUUCUCGAUCUGCGUGGAUGCUUUUCGUUACGGAGCAGUUGAGGGGUGCAAUGCCUACUUUCUCAGUCACUUCCAUAGCGAUCAUUAUAUCGGACUGACCAAGUCCUGGUGCCAUGGUCCUAUUUAUUGUAGCCGACCAACAGGAAAUUUGGUCCGACAGCAACUCCGCGUGGAUUCUAAAUGGAUCGUGGAUCUCGAUUUUGAGACCACGACCGAGGUGCCUGAUACUGGGGGUGUGCAGGUCACCAUGAUACCUGCCAACCAUUGUCCUGGAAGCUCCUUGUUUCUCUUCGAGAAGAGCUUUGGUAGUGGACCCAACGCUCGACGGCAGCGAAUUCUUCAUUGUGGCGAUUUUCGAGCGUCUCCAACUCAUGUACAGCACCCUCUUCUACAACCCAACCCCAUCAACCCGGUCGCCGGCCAGCCGCGGCAACAGCGAAUCGAUACGUGUUAUCUCGAUACAACCUAUCUCAACCCCAAGUAUGCCUUUCCCAGCCAGGAGGAUGUGAUCACAGCCUGCUCGGAACUCUGCGUUCGACUCAAUGAGGAAUCUGGCGUGGGCAGCGAGCUUGGGAAGACGGGCGGUGGCCUCAUGAGCAAGUUUCUCUCGUCUAUAACUAAAAGCGAUACACCCUCGGAGCAGCCAUCAUCGAAAGGGGGUCGACUAUUGGUCGUCAUUGGCACGUAUAGCAUCGGUAAAGAGCGAAUCUGUUUGGGUAUCGCGCGAGCAUUGGGAUCAAAGAUAUUUGCCAAUCCUCAAAAACAGCGGAUCUGUGCCUGUCUGGAAGAUCCCGAGCUAACCGCGCUACUAACGACUGAUCCCCGAGAGGCACAAGUCCAUAUGCAAACACUGUUUGAGAUUCGGGCCGACACCCUGGCCGACUAUCUGGACACCCUAAAACCCCAUUUCUCCCGAGUGGUUGGUUUCCGACCCACUGGCUGGUCGUACCGACCACCUGCCGGACGUAUGCUGGAUAACCCUCCAGUGCCGACGGUGCUGCGUGGCGAACACUGGAGGACUCCGUUUACGGCCCAGCAUUUGACCCCACAACGCGGAAGCACGCGGGAAAGUGCCUGUUUCGGAGUACCGUAUAGUGAGCAUAGCUCUUUUCGAGAGUUGACCAUGUUCUGUUGUGCGCUGCGGAUCGGCCGGGUAAUUCCCACGGUGAACGUUGGGAGCCAGAAGAGCCGGGAUCAGAUGAAGGCGUGGAUUGAGCGAUGGGAAGGGGAGAAGAAACGGAAUGGACUGUUUUCAGCGGAGGAGUGGUAG